CAUGACAUCUAGAACUUUCUAUUAAAUUGUUCUAUUUUCAUUGCACAAUACUCCACUAUUUCCUUCUAUAUAAUAAUCCCUCAAACCCCUCACUCUAUAGUCCAUGCUAUAUUGUUUCUAGAAAUGGUAUCACAAACAACCAAUCCAUUUUGACGGCUUAAACAACUUCCCUUCUCAACAGGGAAUGGAACAGGAUCAUCUGCACUUAAUGUUUUUUUUUCUUCAUGUUCACUCAUCACUAUAUAUAAUCACUCUCUCUAACCUCGUUUGGAUUAUGUUUAGAAUUUCCCCACUUCAUACCUUUUUCUUCCUGCACAAAUCAUCACCUGCAUAAAGUUACCUAUCUCUAUCUGCUACUCAAGCAUCAAUAACUGAAUUCAACCACAAAUCCAUCAAAUAGACCAUGAAUUAUAUGUAUUCAGUGAAAGAAGAGUACAUGGCAGUACCAUCAUCAUCGUUUCAAUCUGGAGAUAAAUUCCCAUCAACGAUUCAACCUCCCCAGCCAAUGGAAGGACUUCAUGAGAUAGGACCCCCGCCAUUCCUCACCAAAACGUUUGAUGUGGUGGACGAUCCAGCUACCAACCAUGUAGUUUCGUGGAGCAGGGGCGGCACUAGCUUUGUGGUUUGGGAUCCACAUGCUUUCUCGAUAGGUCUUCUUCCUAGAUACUUCAAGCACAACAAUUUCUCAAGCUUUGUGAGGCAAUUAAACACAUAUGGAUUUAGAAAAAUUGAUCCAGAUAAAUGGGAGUUUGCAAAUGAAGGAUUCCUAAGAGGCCAGAGGCACCUGUUGAGGAACUUAAGGAGAAGGAAAGCACCUUCCCAACAAGCACAAGGUCACAGUGUUGACGUUAGCCGUUUUGGACUUGAUGAAGAAGUUGAUCGUUUGAGGCGCCAAAAGCGGGAAUUGAUGAUGGAACUCGUGAAUCUUAGAGAGCAGCAACACAAUACCAGAGUUCACCUUCAGGAGAUGGAGCAAAGGCUAAAAGGAAUACAAAUCAAGCAGCAGCAAAUGCUAUCAUUCUUAGCCAGAGCUAUGAAAAAUCCAAACUUCAUACAUCAACUACUCCAACAAAAAGAGAAGAGAAAGGUGCUUGAAGAAGCCAUGACCAGAAAGAGAAGGCUAAUUGAGCAAGGAACUAGUUGUAUUGGAGAAUCUAGCAUUGCAGGUGAAGGGAGGGGAAGUGUUAAAGUUGAGCCCUUAGAACUUAGUGAUUAUGAAUUUGGGGUGUCAGAGUUGGAAAUGCUAGCUAUGGAAAUGCAGGGUUUUGGAACUGGGAGGACUGUAGAUCAAGAAGAACGACCGGAGGGACAAGAAUCACAAGACGGGGUGGACAGUAUAAUUGAUGAAGAAUUCUGGGAAGCACUAUUGUUUAGUGAGAAAUUUCCGGGUCAAUUAGACUUCGCAAUUGCAUCUGUUGAAGAUAAAGACUAAGAUGAAGAUGUCAAUGUGAUUGCCAAUCGCUUUGGUUGCUUGGAAUCAUGUCAUUAUGUGAACAACUGAAUCAAGAUUGGUUAACCCUUUCAGUUCACCAUGUUCAAGUCUACUUCAAAGGAAGCUUCCAAUGGUGGAGUCAUUCUAAUUGGCAAGACAGUAAAAUUACAAGCAGAAGGGAAAUAAUUUAUUUUAGUGUCUUUAAACUAUUAUAUGUUCUUUUAUAGCAAUUGGUUAAACCCUGAAUUUUCAUUUUCCUUGAUGUUUAAUAAGGUAGGUUGCUGCUGAUGCUUGGACCAGAAUCAUUGGUAGUCAUAUGAUAACUGUCAUUAUUUAUCUCAAGAUUAUCCAGAAGAUGUAGAAUGGACAAGAAGUAGCUGAUUUCCAACAAUCACAAAUGUUGAUUAUCAAGAGCCAGUUGGUGGUUAUCUUUGUCGGUUUGAUUAUUCUCCCCUCCUUUUGUUUCCAGUGUGUGUAUGUGUAUGUGUAUGUGUUUGUCUUUUGCUAUUCUGGUCGGUGGAGUACUUUCAUGGUUGAUGUUACAUCUGUAGCAUGUGAUUAGGUAUCAUCACAAUUUCAUGUUUCCAUUCUCAUAAAAUAAAUCAUUGAUGGGCCUUGAUAGAAAUGUUUAUUUGUGAAGUAGCAGAUUGCUUCACGUUUCUGAGCCACUGGUUAUAUCAUCUGCAAAUGUUAAGAAGUGCAAGGUUAGCUACUCCUAUUAUGUUCGGGAGUUUUUGAAAUACAUUGAAGGACAAGGUUCUCAAAUACCCUGCGCAGUUUUUGUAGUUUUAAUCACUUUUGCCUCUUUUUGCAUUCUUAAUGUCUUUUAUAGACCUUGGAAAAGAAAUAAUAAUUCCAAGUAGAAACUCUUUAAAUAAAUAAUGUCAGGACCGGAGAAAUUUAUUAAUUUAGAGAGUUAUUAAUU